CGGUGGGGCUCCCUCCGCCGCACGGGGGCUCCGUACGGGCCCGCUGGCUGGCGCCGCCCGGACUACUUGUCGGGGGAGCUAGUUCCGGCAGCGGCCAUUCGGCUUUUCGCUGUCUCCGCCAUUUCGGGAGCUGCCGCCUCAGCGCGCCGGGGCCGUGGGCAGCUCGGCUCUGCGCCGCCCGCUUCAGCCGAGUGGGCCUCUCCGCACCCUUUCUGCUGCCACCGCCUCGCCGGCCCCCUUUCCCGAUGGCGACCUCCGUGGGGAACGUGGCUGACAGCACAGAACCAACGAAACGUAUGCUUUCCUUCCAAGGGUUAGCGGAGUUGGCUCAUCGUGAGUAUCAGGCAGGAGACUUUGAAGCAGCAGAGAGACACUGCAUGCAGCUUUGGAGACAAGAGCCUGAUAACACUGGUGUGCUUUUAUUACUGUCGUCCAUUCACUUCCAGUGUCGCAGAUUGGACAGGUCUGCUCACUUCAGCACUUUGGCCAUUAAACAGAAUCCGCUGCUGGCUGAAGCCUACUCGAAUCUCGGCAAUGUGUACAAGGAACGUGGGCAGCUACAAGAAGCAAUUGAACAUUAUAGACAUGCACUGCGCCUCAAACCAGAUUUCAUUGAUGGAUAUAUUAAUUUGGCUGCUGCGCUGGUAGCUGCAGGUGAUAUGGAAGGAGCAGUACAGGCAUAUGUGUCUGCCCUUCAGUACAAUCCUGACUUGUACUGUGUUCGUAGUGACCUGGGGAACCUGCUCAAAGCCCUGGGUCGCUUGGAAGAAGCCAAGGCCUGUUACUUAAAAGCAAUUGAGACUCAACCAAACUUUGCAGUGGCUUGGAGUAAUCUUGGCUGUGUUUUCAAUGCCCAAGGAGAAAUUUGGCUUGCAAUUCAUCACUUUGAAAAGGCUGUAACACUUGACCCAAAUUUUUUGGAUGCUUACAUCAAUUUGGGAAAUGUCCUGAAGGAGGCAAGGAUAUUCGACAGAGCUGUAGCAGCUUAUCUGCGAGCCUUGAGUUUGAGUCCAAAUCACGCGGUUGUGCACGGCAACCUUGCCUGUGUGUAUUACGAGCAAGGACUAAUAGACCUGGCAAUAGACACCUACAGGAGGGCUAUUGAGCUGCAGCCCCACUUCCCUGAUGCGUAUUGUAACCUGGCCAACGCCUUGAAGGAGAAAGGCAGUGUGGUAGAAGCAGAAGAAUGCUACAAUACAGCUCUUCGACUUUGUCCCACACACGCAGAUUCUCUCAACAAUCUAGCAAACAUCAAACGGGAACAGGGGAAUAUCGAGGAGGCUGUUCGUCUUUAUCGGAAGGCUCUUGAGGUGUUUCCAGAGUUUGCUGCUGCGCAUUCAAAUUUAGCAAGUGUUCUGCAACAGCAAGGAAAGUUACAGGAAGCUCUGAUGCAUUACAAAGAGGCUAUUAGAAUCAGCCCCACGUUUGCAGAUGCUUAUUCUAAUAUGGGAAAUACUUUGAAGGAGAUGCAGGAUGUUCAAGGAGCGUUGCAGUGCUACACCCGUGCCAUUCAGAUAAACCCAGCUUUUGCUGAUGCCCACAGCAACCUGGCCUCUAUUCACAAGGAUUCAGGGAAUAUACCAGAAGCCAUUGCCUCUUACCGCACUGCUCUGAAACUGAAACCUGAUUUCCCGGAUGCCUACUGCAACUUGGCCCACUGUUUGCAGAUUGUCUGUGACUGGACAGACUAUGAUGAAAGAAUGAAGAAGCUGGUUAGCAUUGUAGCUGAUCAGCUGGAGAAAAACAGACUGCCGUCUGUCCACCCACAUCAUAGCAUGCUGUACCCCCUUUCGCACAGUUUUAGGAAGGCUAUUGCUGAGAGACAUGGAAAUCUGUGUUUGGACAAGAUUAAUGUUCUUCAUAAGCCACCAUAUGAGCAUCCCAAGGAUUUGAAGGCUAGUGAAGGUCGACUUCGUAUUGGCUAUGUGAGCUCUGAUUUUGGGAACCAUCCAACCUCGCACCUAAUGCAGUCAAUCCCAGGCAUGCAUAACUCAGACAAAUUUGAGGUGUUCUGUUAUGCUCUGAGUCCUGAUGAUGGUACAAACUUCCGUGUAAAAGUGAUGGCUGAAGCAAAUCAUUUCAUUGACUUAUCUCAGAUACCAUGUAAUGGAAAAGCAGCAGACCGCAUCCAUCAGGAUGGGAUACACAUUCUCAUUAAUAUGAAUGGCUACACCAAAGGAGCCCGAAACGAAUUAUUUGCCCUGAGACCAGCACCUAUUCAGGCAAUGUGGCUGGGAUAUCCUGGAACCAGUGGGGCGUUGUUCAUGGAUUAUAUCAUCACAGAUAAAGAAACUUCCCCAGUUGAGGUGGCUGAGCAGUAUUCAGAGAAAUUAGCUUACAUGCCAAACACUUUCUUUAUUGGAGACCAUGCCAACAUGUUCCCCCAUCUGAAGAAAAAAGCAGUCAUUGAUUUCAAAUCCAAUGGUCAUAUUUAUGAUAACAGAAUUGUUUUGAAUGGCAUUGACUUGAAGGCUUUCCUCGACAGCCUCCCCGAUGUCAAGAUUGUUAAGAUGAAGUGUCCUGACAGUGGUGACAAUGCAGAUGGCAAUGCCGCCCUCAGUAUGCCAGUCAUUCCUAUGAACACAAUUGCAGAAGCUGUGAUUGAGAUGAUUAAUCGUGGGCAAAUUCAGAUAACUAUCAAUGGAUUCAACAUCAGUAAUGGAUUAGCAACUACUCAGAUUAACAACAAAGCGGCAACUGGCGAAGAAGUUCCACGGACAAUAAUUGUUACCACCCGUUCUCAAUACGGCUUACCCGAGGAUGCUGUUGUUUACUGUAACUUUAAUCAGCUGUAUAAGAUCGAUCCUUCCACUUUACAGAUGUGGGCUAAUAUUCUAAAAAGAGUUCCAAAUAGCGUGCUCUGGCUGCUACGUUUCCCAGCCGUAGGAGAACCCAAUAUUCAGCAAUAUGCACAAAACUUGGGUCUUUCCCAAAACCGAAUCAUCUUUUCUCCUGUUGCCCCCAAAGAAGAACAUGUGAGGAGAGGGCAACUGGCUGAUGUUUGCCUAGACACUCCGCUUUGCAAUGGGCACACCACGGGCAUGGAUGUGCUCUGGGCUGGGACCCCGAUGGUCACCAUGCCAGGUGAGACUCUUGCAUCACGAGUUGCUGCCUCCCAGCUUACUUGCCUGGGUUGUCUUGAGCUCAUUGCAAAAAGUAGACAGGAAUAUGAGGAUAUUGCUGUGAAACUGGGAACCGAUCUGGAAUACCUGAAAAAAAUACGUGGCAAAGUCUGGAAGCAGAGAAUAUCCAGUCCUUUGUUCAACACAAAACAGUACACAACGGACCUGGAGCGGCUUUAUCUUCAGAUGUGGGAUCACUACGCUGCCGGCAACAAACCAGACCACAUGAUUAAGCCAGUAGAGGCCACCGAGUCUGCAUGAAGAGAGACUGUCCGUGUGCCCCCCCGAACUCUCCAGGAACUGAGCCUCUCAAACACUUCUGCAGAGGAGAUGAGCUAAAAACUGUGCAUUUCUACUUAAUCUGCCUGGUACUCUGUGGCUGAAGUAAUAUAUGAUGGUGAUUAAAGCACAGCCAGACUUAUUUCUUGCAUGAUAGGGAAAGACUCAAUAGAGCCUGGAAUCCUUUUAUUCCAUGAGGAAUUUGAAUGGGAUUGAGCCGUGUACGUGAGCCUGUGUGUGUGAGUGACAUAGUGGUUGGUGGGGGAAGCUUGAACUGCCUGACCACUUCAGAUUUCAUGGAUUGAUUUAAUCUUCCUAUGAAUCUCUCUCCUUUUAUGUGGAUUGGGAAUUGGAGCGUUUUAACAUUUGAUUUUGGGUACUCCUGUUGGUAUAUGUGUGGUUCUCCCAUGACAAGAUUUCCAGCUAGCGAGUGUUGCUCCCUGCAUUAAUUUCUAAACUGUGUGGACUGAAAGGGCAUAUUUGCUGGUGUAGUCUUUUUUAUAGGUUUUAUAAACCACUUGAGCCUAUAUCAGCCUUUUAAUGUUUGACCUCUGUUUUGGAGCUCUCUGUAAUGUGUUGGUUUAGAUAAGGACUUUGGGGGGUUUUUUGUUUGUCUUUAAGCUUCUCCAAUAACUCAGCUAAUUGGCUUCAUGAUGGCAGCUCCUGUUCUGUUGAAAAACCAAAUUUGAUUUGAAAUUAAUCUUCCCUGCAAGUGUUUGAGGUAAACACAAACUGGUGCCAAAUACAGAUCUUUCAGGAAUGAUUGUUAAUUAUGUAUAGAGGCGCAGUCCUAGGUACUGUAGCAAAGACUUUAAACAAAAAAUAAAGCUUUGGUUUGCCAGUUUGA